AUGAUCACUCCUCCGCAGCCAGCCAUGACCGCGCCACUCGAUCUGGAAUCUGCAGGCCGCGAGUUCGACAAGUGGCUGGAUUGGAAUGGGUCUGCAAAUACCUUCCCACGAGCUUCCGAAGAGGCUCAAAAACUACAUACGCUCCCAAUAUCCCCAUCGUCGACCGCGAAUGGGGAUUGCCUCCCUGCCCAACUCAAGACCGAUCUCCUCACCGCCCCUCCUACCCAAGAUCUGUUGACACCCCGGCACAGUUCGGCAUCUCCAGAAUCACGCUCGAGUCUCGAGAUGCGACUCAGCGGAGAUACUGUGAGGGAGCAGCCGACCCCCAGCCUGCGGCCUAUGCUCAAGCGGAAACUGUCUCCCACCGAUAUACCAACAACGGACUAUCGGCAUGACGCACCUACUCCUGCCGCCAAAAAACGGCCGCACAAUAUCAUUGAGAAGAGAUAUCGGGCCAACCUCAAUGAGAAGAUCGCCGAGUUGAGGGACAGCGUGCCCAGCCUUCGUUUCGCACAGAAAACAAAGGUUCGCGAAUCGGUCAACGGGGAUUCCGACGAGGACGAUCUGGAUGGCCUGACUCCAAGCAACAAGCUCAACAAAGCCUCGAUCUUGACAAAGGCCGUGGAGUAUAUUCGCCAUCUCGAGUUCCGGACAAAACGCCUCGAGGAAGAGAACAAGUCUUUGAAAGAACGGCUCGAAACCCUGGACAAGGUCAUUGCUCAAGGCGGUCACGAUGCUCAAAGAGCUGCCGCAUUCACCAGCAACGUGGUCAUAGAAGAAUCUUCACCCGACUCAAACCCUCGUUCCCCUUCAUCCGAAUCGAUAAACACGACCGCCAAUCCGCCCCAGGGACUGAUCCCGCAACCAGAGAGUUGGAGACGUCUCCGACAAAACCAACCGCAAGAACACUACGGCCACAUCUAUGAAACUCCGUCGGAACGCUCCAAAUUCAAGGGCAAAUGGCCGACGAGGAUCGUUCUCGGUUCUAUCGCCACUCUCAUGGUGGUAGAUGGCCUUAGUGAGUCUGAUAUGGGCUCCAACUCGCGCGAGAAAGGCCUAUUUGGAAUUCCUCUCGAGCUACUGGACGGCUGGAAAUUUCUACGGUCACCUCGAAUCUACUUGGCCACUUUCAGCCAGUUCUGUCAGGCCGGCGGCAUCGUACCCUUGAUCAAGGGAUUCAUUGCUCUGACAUUCCUGGCUUUCCUCAUCUUUUCAUACUUGUUCAACUCAAAACCCCCGCCAAAGCCCGAUGUCGAGGAGUUGGGCACGCCCUCGAGACAGGUGCCAGCUCCAGCCUCACCCAUUCAAGUUCGACGCCGCGCCUGGAGCACUAGCAUGCAGGAGCUGCACCUGCCGCAUCACCACUUCUUCCCUGAGUGGAUUGCAAUCACUUGUGAAUGGCUCAAAUAUACCUUUGGUUACCUCUUUGGGGCACGGGCAUACGCUUGGCUGACCGGUCGCACCGCUGACGACGACGUGGCCCGGAUCAAGGCUUGGGACAUUGCAAUCGACGCACAAUUGGCCGGUGGUGAUGCCGAAGUGAGCCGAAGCCGACUGCUCCUGACCAUCUUUGGCGCAGGGACUUUACCCCGGUCACCUUUGCGGUUGAUGCUGAAAACACUCCAUUGUCGAGUGCUCCUGUGGAAUGUGGGCUCACUCGGAACUGGAGUAUCCAGGAUCGCUAACCGCGUCGGGAAGUUUUUUGCCAACAGGCAAUGGGGUCGCGCCAAAGACUCACACAAUAAUUUACCCCUGCAUCAUCCGGAUCCUCUCCCUCCGUAUCUUGCGCACAUGCUUGAGAUGCCGUGCGAUCACGUCUUCCUGGACACGGUUUGUCAGAGGGCGUACAAUUUGAUGUAUGACCGACCCACGCAGGAAGAUUCUCCCAAUCCUCUACUGGACGUGGUGGUAGAAGAUCAUGCAGUCAGAUCACCGCUUGAUGCUGUUGCCGCCUGGCGCUCAAUGCUGUCAUUGACAGAGGCUUUGGAGCUGUCUCUACACUCCUCCGAGGCCUCCGACCGUGUCCAAGAGCACUUGGGGGCGGCGCUCAAGAUCGCGCCACCCGGAUCCGCCGCCGAAACGCGAGCGUUGGCUGCAAGCUCGGUCCUAAGCAAGACUGCUCGCACGGACUAUUUCAAGCGAGCGUCCGAUGCCAUGCAGGUUUUGUCCACCCCUGCCACGCACCCCGAAGCUGAAACUCGGCCUCCUUAUUUCAUCGACUCGUCCACUCCGCCAUCUGCUAGAACUGAUAUUGUGAAUUGUUUGCAUUGCGCGGAAGCCUUGCAGAUCCUCGAUCGCGAAGAUCACAGCCCUCGGGACAAUCAAGAGGCGGCAUUGGCCUUUUUCCAUUCAAAGACUAUUGGGAUCGAAAACACGCACCUGUUGACGCAGGCGGCAAGGAAGCAUCUUCUCCGGCGUCUGCCAGCUAUUGAGAACCCAGCAACGGCUGGAAGAGAAGAGGUUCGCGUUCUACCACACGAUCACAGAUUCGCGGCUGACGUGAUGGGUAUGCAAAAUAGCCAAACCAAGAUCCCACGCCGGUACAGUGAGACCAGCACCGACUCUGGUUAUGACAGUCAGGAUACCUCUAUAUCCUACUGGGACAUGGAUAGUGGGUGA